AUGAAAUCAAACUUGCCUUUUCGGUACUUCAGGGCUACCACGAUGACUGAGACUGAGAACAUUGCUUCUGCCAAUGGGACAGAUAAUGUCGACGAGAAAGUUGUGAGGCAGCUCGAGUAUUACUUCGGUAACAUCAAUCUUCCAAAAGAUAAAUUUCUCCAGGAUACGAUGAAGAAUGAUGAAGGAUGGGUUCCUAUCAAAACCCUUCUCACCUUUAAUCGUUUGGCAGCCAUAACUACUGACGUGGAUGUCAUAUCAAAAGCCGUCAAGGAGUCUAAUUCGGAAGUAAUCAGCGUGUCAGACGACGGCCUUAAAAUACGACGCAACAUUGGAAAUCCUCUUCCUGAAAAUUCUUUGGAAUACUGGCAGAAGAUUAAGCAUUGCACAGUUUAUAUGAAAGGUUUCGAGCAAAACACUACUCUGGACGACAUUAUGAAAUUUGCUGCAAAAUAUGGCAAAGUUGAAAACGUGUUAAUGCGACGCACUAAACCUGACCGCAUAUUCAAGGGAUCGGUUUUCAUCACCUACAAAACUCGCGAAGAAGCUGAGAAAGCUCAAAAAGAUGACGCCAAAUUCGGAGAAAUUGAACUAACGAAGAUGAUGCAGGAUGACUAUUGGACUAUGAAGAAUCAAGAGGCCAAGCAAAAGCGCCAAGCUGAAAAGAUGGCUAAGACCGCCAAGAAGUUUGCUGAACAUGCGGAAAAAUUGCAAGCCAAGGCUAGUGCUCAUUUUGUGAAGGGACUGAUUCUUUCUGUCGAUGGAUUCCCAGAAAAUUCGUCAAUGAAGGAUAUCAAGGAAUUUUUCAAAAAGUUUGGCGAUGUUGGCUACGUUGUGUAUGAAAGUGGUCAAAGCAAAGCAGAGAUCCGGUAA